AUGCCAGCUCUUACUCCUGAGCAAGUUGCCUUUUACAAGGCGCAUUCUGGCGAUGAUUUGCGACCUAAUGAGACCGCCUCUCUCGUAUGUGGGCUCCUGGCGGCCAUCGUCGCCAUCGGCGCUCGUAUCACGGCUCGGCGCAUCUCGAGGGUCCAACUUGGCCCAGAAGAUUGGACCAUAUUUGCAGCGGUGUUGGGCGAAAUUACAUACGGCGUCAUAUUCGCAAAAGCAAUAAAUAAUGGCCAAGGGAGACACAUCAUUUUCAUCAAGGAUUUAGUGUCAUUCAGCAUGGGAUAUGUUGCUGCCAUAGUCAGCUACUCAUAUACCGUCAUGGUGACGAAGAUUUCGAUACUAAUAUUCUAUCGUCGACUCUUUCGAUCUCGGUGGCUUAUGGCUUGCUCAUGGAUUAUUGGCAUUAUAGUUGUGAUGUAUAAUCUGGCUGUCAUUCUUAUCGCCGGUCUUCAGUGUAUUCCACUGUCAGAUCUUUGGACGGGUGGCUCGUCGUGUAUAAACACAGAGCCCCCCUUCACCGGACUAGCUAUCAUCAAUAUAUUCACUGAUGUGGCCAUACUGACUUUGCCUGUGAAGCCUGUUCUCAGCCUUCGCAUGCCAAAGGCUCAAAAAGUGCAGGUCUUGGGGAUAUUCUUACUGGGAGGCGUGUAA